AUUCUGCACGACACUAUUGAUGGCUUUGUAGCAGAUGUCAUUUUGGUUGUGAAAAGCCAUUGCUAUCAUAUUCAUUGUCAUUUCUUUAUUCUUUCUUUCUUAUGUCACAGAAAAUGACUGAAAGGAAUCUUUAUGUACUUGGCUUGUGCAUUUGGUUAGGAUGUCAGAAUUUCUCUAUAUAGUUGUGUGGCGACCAAUUCCAAACUUUGUCCGAUCGCCACCAGAAGGAGUUCGGAGGUUUUAAAAGACCGAUUCGAACACGUGCCUUCAUCCUUUUGUUGACUCCUCAUCUAGAGUACGGACUCCUGUUCAAUUGUGCAACCUGAACUCUUUUGUUGGCGACUAAUUGCCACAUUGGUGACCCGGACGUGAUCCAACCUCAAUCCAAUUUUAUCUGGACAUUCACGCCAUUAAUUUCAACAAUUUUUGUUCCAUCUGCAUAAUUGGAUUCACCACAUAUUUUAUUUUGUGAUAUUUUUUGGAGCAACCACAUGGCCACAGAACAAAGGUUGAGUAACUUCCCACACCUACGCUAGGUAAGCGUAUCAUUUUUUUUUCUCGCUCAUCGGAACUCUCUCUACUCGUACACCCGGCUAUCGAACAAUUCAUGCAUUUCAUAUUUAACUGAUUUUUUUGUGCUCUCAUCCUUUGUUCUGGAAAUCACCAUGCCGCUCAGCGACCAGCCAGAAACAAUGGCCGUCAAUGUAACUCGAGUCGCUGUUAAGCCUCCGCCGUUUUGGAAGCCGAAUCCGACGUUAUGGUUCGCGCAACUCGAGGCACAAUUUGCCAUCUCUGGGAUAUCCGCAGACUCCACAAAAUUCAACCACGUGAUUUCAGCAAUCGAGUCCGAGGUGCUCAACUCAGUCAGCGACUUAAUCCUACACCCACCGGCCAGCGAAAAAUACGAGGCCCUCAAGAAACGCCUAAUUGAGCUACAGUCGGAAAGCCAAGAAUCAAAGAUUCUCACACUCCUGCAAGGCUUGGAGUUAGGAAACCAGCACCCGUCACAACUGUUAAAUCGUAUGCGUGCUCUCGCCGGCGAGGUGGUUGGGGAACCACUAUUAAAGUCCUUGUGGCUAUCAAGAUUACCAGCGAACACUCAAAGCAUUCUUGCCGCGCUAAGUGAGGACCUACCCCAACUAGCUACAAUAGCCGACAAAAUCUUGGACCUAACCAUCACGAAAAGUGUAAAUUCCACUUCGAGUCAACAGUUAGCGCACCUUUCCUUGUUAGAAUUUCAAAUUGAGCAGCUUACCAAUCAAGUAGCAGAAUUAGCAGCCAUAGUGCAUCGUGAGCGACCACGUGAGAUGAAUAAUCGUCCAACGUUCCACCCCCGAAAACGUAGCCAGUCCCGAGGCCGUUACCGCCGGUUCAAAGAACCGAUGAACAAUCAAUGCUUUUACCACACCAACUUCGGAGAGAGAGCCAGGAAAUGCACACCUCCCUGCUCUUUCCAGCAGUCGGGAAACUAGCAGAGCGGCCGUCUGGGGCCAACAGUUGCGACCGCUCGAUUGACUGAAUUUUUAUGGCCGACCCGUCUACAAACUUGAGUUUUUUUGGUCGACACUGGUGCGGAUGUUUCAGUGAUUCCUAAAUCUCUCUCACUGCAAGCAAAAACCCCUGGGAAGUUAGUUCUCUUUGCUGCCAAUGGCAUGAAAAUCCCAACUUAUGGCACCAAGCUGCUAACGCUGGAUUUUAACCUGCGAAGAAGCUUUCCAUGGCCUUUCAUCAUCACUGACGUCACUCAACCGAUUAUAGGCAAAGACUUUCUAACGCGCUUCGACCUAUUGGUGGACGCACGAAAAAACCGCCUCAUAGAUGCAGCCACGCAGCUGAAGUCUAGAGGCACGGAACGCCCCAAACCAACGACAAAUCUCACCAUCACCACCAUACACGGAGAUUCUGACUUCCAGCAAGUGCUGGCAGAAUUUCCCUUGAUCACGAAUCCCUCGUUAAUAACAACGAGAAGCGGCAAGGCUUUCGUUUUCCACCACAUUGAGACUACA